AAGGUAUUGAAAUUGCGUAAUGGCAGAGCUAAUUUUAUUUUACUUUGAUUAUAAUCUGCGAUUUCCUUGAACCUUUAAAUGUACUGAAAUUAAUCGGUCGAAAUUUAUUCACAUGGCCGUAAGUGGCGAAAGACUAGGGAAGUCAAGCACCCGUGUUAGUAGUGAUCUAUCCUUAAACAAUGCAAGCACUCAUAAUAUUGGCAAGAAUAGUCUGAUAGUAUCUAACUGGCCUGAUACUGUCAUUCCACAAAUUUCCACUAUCAGAUGUCAAGCAAAUCAACCACCACUAUCUUCAUCACCGGUACUGAGUGCGUGUGGUGCUAUUUAUGGUCAACUGGUAACAGCAGACCAAUUAUGCCAGUUGGAACAGCAUUCAACCACGAAUACAAAUGAUGAAAUUACUAAGCCAAUUGACGUCGGACAAAAGAAAGCUAGUUUGUGUCUAACUAGUGUGAAAUCAACACCAUAUGAAAAUAAAAUUCAAAAAGCUGUAUCAAUAAUUAGUACUAACGUAACUUCCAGUACAAAUGUUUGCCAACCUACUUCUCAGAUAAUAGUGGCUCAGUCAGCUUAUGCCAAUUUAGAUCCAACAGUCACUAAAAUACAACAACAUACUAACAGAGAUAUUCAUCAACCUAUGGAAUUAUCGCAUUCACUUGGUUCAGAAUCAUUUAUAUUUUCAUGCCAUUCCGAUAUUCAACCGACCGCAAUGGACAUAGGCGGACAACCAGGUAGUCCAUCAUUAUCAAAAAAUCUUACAACUGUAGUAUCUAGUUGUUUACUUCAAAGUAGUACUUCGCAGAGCGGAUUAAAUACUUACUGUUAUCCUAUUUUUCCAUUUCCUGUUUCCACUGCGGAUGAAAUUACUUGUAAUUCAACAUUAUGUAACCACGUCAAAGAUGCUGGAUUAGGCAGUAAUACUCGUGGUACUAUAGUUGCUCAUUGUGAACCGAUAGUAAAUGUUAGUAAUCAAUACCCCUGUCCACGAGAUUUAGAACAACGACCUGUCAUGAAAAUGUCAGUGAAUCUUAUUCGAACUUAUAAAAAUAUUAAUGAGGUCUACUAUCGAAAGAAACGUCGUAUUAGAGAACAAAUUAGUGAGGAUAGUAUUCAAAAAAGAGAUCGUAAAGGUUCUGUUACUUUUGGUAAUGGUGGUAGUGGAUUGGUUCCUUCAUGUCAAAAUGGAUCUACAGGAAGUUUAACAGGAGUUAAUGUUGCAACUGUAGCAAAUACAGCUGCAUUAACAUGUCACUAUCAUCAUUAUCAUCAUCACCAUCAUCAUUGUGUAGCACCACAGUCGUCUACAUUAUCAUCACAAAUUCCUAUGGUACCUCCACAUCGAUGUGGUAUUGGUUGUAAUAAUAAUAAUAAUAAUCUUGUCACAGGGUCUAUUUGUUGUACAUCAUCUUCAGAUUUACAAACACGAUCAUCCGGAGUCAAUGGCAUUAUCCAAUCACGACAUCAAGGUCCUUCUAUAGUUCAAAUGAAACAUCUUCACCAUUCAACUAUUCUUCAUCCUAAUCAACAUCCUAUUUCCAAAGAUCUAACUACUUCACAUCUCUCUCACCAUUCUCAACAACAUAUCUACGAUCAAGGUUCAUCAUUUCCUUCUUGUAAUCCGUCUAAAUCAUAUCCAUUGACUAAUUUGAAUAUUGUUACCACUGCUUCUGGAUUUCGUACUGGACUCACAUUAACAUCAACAAGUGUUGGGACUGGUCCAUCUGUAUACUCUUGUCAAAUACAAUCAAAUUCUGUUUGUCAAUCAUCAUCAGCAUCAUCGUCUGUAUAUCCAUCACAUCAUCAUCAUCAUCAUGGACUUGUGCGUAUUGGUGAUGUAUGGUAUAAUCGUUAUAAAAUUCUAGCCUUAAUUGGGAAAGGUACAUUUGGUCAAGUUGUUCGUGCUUUCGAUGAAUUAACCGGAGAGGAAGUCGCUAUUAAAGUGAUUAAAAAUAAACGUUCUUUUGUACAACAAGCUGAAGUUGAAAUUAAAUUACUACGUGAAAUGUCUAUAUUUCAAGCGAAUGAACAAUUAGCUACAGAUGUUGGAGCUAAUUAUAUUGUUAAUUUAAAAGGACAUUUCAGUUAUCAUGGUCAUUUAUGUUUAGUAUUUGAAUUACUCUCUUAUAAUUUAUAUGAUUUACUUGGUAAUACAAAUUAUCGUGGUGUAUCAUUAAAUUUAACAAGAAAAUUUGCUCAACAAUUAUGUGCUGCAUUAGUAUUUCUAUCUAGAUCAGAUGUACAAGUAAUACAUUGUGAUUUAAAACCGGAAAAUAUUUUAUUAGUUAAUCCAAAACGUUCAGCAAUUAAAGUGAUUGAUUUUGGUAGUUCAUGUCAUGUACAUGAAAAAGUAUAUCAAUAUAUUCAAUCAAGAUUUUAUCGCUCUCCAGAAGUAUUGUUCAAUUUAGACUAUGGCUUGGGUAUUGAUAUGUGGUCACUUGGCUGUAUUUUAGUCGAAAUGCACACUGGCGAACCAUUAUUUUGCGGAGCGAAUGAGCUUGAACAACUGCUCCAAAUUAUUGAAGUGCUUGGUUUCCCACCGGUGUAUAUGAUUGAAGCUAGUCCUAAAUUAUCAAACUUUUUUGAAUGCAUACCGGUGAAUUUGAAUUCUACUUCAACAGCAACAACAACAACAAACUUAAUCAGUACUUCUACCACUGAUGGUGGUGCUGACUUAACUGCCAAUAAUACUAGUAUUAAUCCGGCCUCGAACCCUACAACGACACCAUCGACAACCACAUAUGGCACAUUAACAACUACAAUUAAAACAAACACAAUAGCUGGAGAUAAUACAGUGGCAGCAACAACAACAGCCACUGUUUUAUCUUCAUCAAAAAAUACUACUAAUGCUACUACUACUACUACUACCACCAUCAGUAGUAGUUCGGCCUGUGGUGCUGAUUGUAUUAAUCAUUGCUCCAAUAGUAAUACAAAUGUAAAAAAUCCAGUCAACCCUGGUGUUACAAAUAGCUGUGAUAGUAAUAAUAACUCGAAUACAUCAAACAAUAUAGCUGAUAAAUUGAAUACAGGUGUAUUAUUAUCAACAUCUGGGACUGUGUUUUACAAACCGAAACGUGUAUGGACUAAACAAGAGUGUACUUACGAGUGUAAAUUUUCUGGAGUUGGAACAAGAACAUUGCGUACAGUUGUCGGAGCUGAUAUUGGUGGGCCUAAAAGUUGUCGUCGUGGGGAACAAGGUCAUACACCUGAAGAUUAUGAUAAAUUCGUCGAUUUGAUCCAACGUAUGUUAGUAUAUGAACCUCGGUUUCGUAUUCGCCCGGAGGAAGCUCUAACGCAUCGCUUUUUCACACGUAAAGAUGAAAGUGGACAACAGAAACAACAGACUGGUAACAGUAGCUCUUCUACAACCACUUCAACUGUCAAUCCGCCACUUACAACUUGUUCAAUAAUAACGACAACAGCCAAUGUAACCAGUAGUAAUAGUAGUACGAUUACUUCUACUCCUAAUACUACUACCACAGUCGUCACUAAUACUUCUGUUACUGGUUCCAAUACAAAUAUAAUAUCUCUCUCUUGUCAGUUUGCUUCCCCCAAUAAUAAUAAACAGUCUCCUUCCAGUAAUUUAGCGCAUUGUAUUCAUGAAAAACUUCCCUCCAGUAGUAGUAGUAGUAGUAGCACUACCACGACGAUGACGACUACAUCUCAUCAGCAUUAUAAUUCCGAACAGGACAUAAUGAAUGCAUCCUACUUAACAUUUGCUCCAAAUCAAGAAAUUAAACUAUCUGGAUCAAUUGUUACCUCUACUACUUCUACUGUUCCACCACCAUAA